GCUACGGCAGGGCGUCGUUCUGUGGCCGGCCAGUUCCUGAAGAGGGCGAUGGACAAGAUGGAGCGUGUGGGGCCCUCCGGCUUGGGUGGAGUGGUCAUGUGGCCUCGACGGGUCUAUUCCCGCAAGAAGAGGGCUGGUGAGAGGCUCAACCUCACCCCGAAGCCGGACCCAGCCCUCCCUGGGAAGACAGAGGCGCCGCCGCCAGGUCUGAAGGGAUUGCGGAAGAUUACUGAGAAAGAGGAAUUGAACAGGCCCAGAGGCAGCAGCUCACAGCUGCCGAGUCAGUUAAGUGUUACAGGAAGGGAAAACCUGCAAGAAAAUGAUAGCCCUGGCAAAGAGACCCCAGAUGAAAAGAAAACUCCGUUGAGUGAGUCAGUGACUCAUGACUUCGAGAUUGACAGCUGUUCAUCCAGCAGUGAACUGGUUUCAGGGCUGACUUUGGAGCAUGAUGUUUCCAGUUGGUCCCUGAGUUGUUCAGACACAGACUCAUAUACAAGGAAGACUGAAGAGAGUAGAAGUAGCUUCUCAUCACCUGAGCUGUUCAGAGGCUCAGACUGUUUGGACUGGGAGCAUCCCAUGUUGGAAGAGUACAAGUCUCUCAAGAAUUCCACUCUUCUGGACACCAGCAAAGCAGUAACUAUAGAGAAGGCACCACAGCUUGCAAACCUCUCAGCAAUUUUGAGUUCCUCUUCAGAAGACUAUGAGAAAUGCCAUAGAAACAUAGGGAUGACAUUAGAAGCCCCACAUAUCUCUCCAGUACCACAGUAUACUUCAAAUUUAGCAUCAGAAAAUGCAGCUUCUGAGGUUAUAUUUGCUGGGAAAACUGGCCCUCCAACCACCAAAAAAACAAAGAAAAAACCUGAAAAGGAAUCUGAAGAUAGAGGUCCACAAGUUCAAACAGCGUUAAGCUCUGGUCAUCUAGACAGCAAGGCUCCAUUCUCUCAUCAUAGUUUACCUCUUGAAAUCGUUGCCAUGAAUGAUGUUCUUCUGCCUCAAACCCUGGAAACUGUGUUGAAAAAAAGUUUUACUCCUCCUGAUAAGCAAAGCAAAGCUCUGUUAACAAGUACACCAUCUUCAGACACAGCUGACUUUGUGAUUGAUUUGUCUCCAGUGCAAAAUGUAUCUUUUGAAGAACUAUUUCCAAAUGUCAGCAAUUAUGUUAACUCAAGUGAAAUUGUUCCUGUGUCAAGUUGGCAAGAAAGUUCUUCAAAUGAGUUUCCUUCAUACGCAUCAGAGCUCUGUUGUAUUAUUAAGGCAUCACCAGGAACUAGACAGAUUAGAAGUAAAGAUGCCACUGUAAACAAAAACUGUUCUCCUCCUAAAGAUGUUCCUCCAGAUAUUAUAAUGAAGAUGAAUGGCAGAACAUAACAGCCGUGGCUGAAUUUCCACUGCAUUGAAGAUGUGAGUGUAAAGUAAAAAGUCCAUAUAAGCAGAAUGUCUGCCUGAAAUGAUACAAAAUGAAAAGUCUCUUAUUAUUUGUGAUAAACUGUGUGGAAAUCUCA